AUGUCCCAAUUGGCGACAGAGACAGGGCGCAAUUGCACUCGACCUUUCUCUUCUACAAAUUUCUCGGGGUUAUGGAGAGGCCUCACAGACACCAUCCUGGGGAAGAGUGGUACUGAAAUCUCGGUCCUGGCUCUGUCCCACGUAUCCCGCAUCUAUGCCAAAGUGGACACUUGGAAUGCAAGGAUCCAGUUUAACGUUGCAUCAUCACGGUCGAAAACGUCCCAUUCACGGGGCGCCAGUACUCCCAGCACCUAUACGAGAAGACGACAGCUUAACGAGAAUAUCGCGACGGGUCAAUGUAUUGCCAAGGCGUCACAGUCGAUUUGUAGUACACUGGCUACAAGUUUGGACUCCCUGCGCACUAAUUAA